GCUGAUAGAAUAAUUGAUCCUCCGACCUCAUAGUGUUAGCAAAAAUCAAAUAAAAACCGGUAGACCAAACACUAGUCACGAACGGAUUGACCAUUUGAAAUUGAAGAGGAGGGAUCGUCUUUAUAUAAAGACCAUAGCAGCUAUCUGUAUGGUUUAGUCUUUUAAAAAUUAACGAUACACUCAUGUAUCAGAGGAGUUUCUCUGAAAAUAAGCAUCGUGAAUCGUGAUUGACUAUUGAUUGGCUCAGUGUAUUUCUGUAAUCUCCCUAGGAAAAGAUUUUCUUUAAUUGGAAAAAAAAACAUAAAAUCCAGCUGAAGGAUAUUAAGUCCAUAAAUAGGAUACAAAUCGAGGAGGAUCACAAAACGUGACCAUGACACAAUUAUCAACGAUGACGAUGAUGGCAGGAACAACCGCCGAUGGACACUAUGCAAAUGGAUUAGCAAAUGGUGACAAGAAAAGUGCUAAUAAAUUUUAUGAAACAGUGAAUGAAAGUGAUGACACCUUCAAUAAUAAUAAUUACGAAGGUAAAAGCAAAUUGAAUAGCAAAAGUGAUGAAAGUGAUUAUGAUCCUAAAAGCAAGGAAGACAAGGAUUAUGUGUAUUUCGGGAUCAAAUUCAAACAACCACUAAAAUUAGUUAAUGCUGUGUCGAUCAUUGGAUUCCACCUCGUAUCAAUCUACGCUUUCUUAGUGAACUUCCGCUCUCCGCAUUUCUACACUGUGCUCUGGGCCUUUCUUGUGGGUGGAAUUGGUGGAUUUGGGGUUACAGCAGGUGCCCAUAGGCUCUGGAGUCAUAGAUCGUACAAGGCAAAAACUCAACUCAGAGUAAUCUUAGCUCUCUGUUUCUCAGUUGCCGGGCAGAAUACGUUAUUCGACUGGACGCGCGACCACCGGGUGCACCAUAAAUUCUCCGAAACGGACGCAGAUCCUCACAAUUCCAACCGAGGCUUCUUCUUUGCCCAUGUGGGAUGGCUCAUGAUGAAGAAACAUCCCGAUGUCAUCCGAAAGGGCAACCAGGUGGACAUGAGUGAUAUUCUUGCUGAUCCUGUGGUGCAAUGGCACCAAAAAUACUUCGUGCCUCUGAAACUUCUCCUUUGCUUCGUGAUCCCAUCCGUUGUUCCUGUCUACACAUGGAAUGAGGAAUGGAUGAUUUCCAUCUUCACUCUUUCUUUUAUCCGCUAUGUCCUGCAACUCAAUUUCACCUGGCUAGUUAACAGUGCAGCUCACAUGUGGGGAAAUAAGCCCUAUGACAGGAAAAUCAAUCCAUCUGAGAACUUGGGAGUGUCAAUCGUCGCAAUGGGCGAAGGUUGGCACAAUUAUCAUCAUACUUUCCCCUGGGACUACAAAGCAGCUGAAAUCGGAGAUUUCCGGUACAAUCUCACCACUACAAUUCUGAAUCUCUUCGCUAAGAUCGGAUGGGCUUACGAUCUGAAGGAGCCCUCAAAGGAACUCAUUCGCAAGACCAUCGAGCGCAGUGGAGAUGGUAGUCAUCUUAAACAUGGUUUUAGGGCAAUGCCAGAGGAAGUUCCCAUGGAGGCCGAUGAAAAUUCGAAUUUAGUAGAAUAGGAAAUUUUGAAAUGCCUUUGAAGCAUAAGAUCAAAGCACAAAACCAGAUAAUCCUAUCUUUUUUGAAUCUGUUCUAAUCUUAGUUGUUAGAUCAAAUAUUUCUAUCUACCGGCAGUUGGAAGUUUUAAAGCCCUGCAGUAAAUAUUGUAAAUUUAAUUAAGGGAUUUGUAUAUUUAUAUAGCUUUUAUAUAGAUUAUUUUACAAAUAUGUACAUCAAACUAGUGAAUAACUUCAUAUUAGAUUUUUUUUAAAAAACAAGGAUUUUAAGUGGCUGUGUUAUGCCUGCAAUUGUUUAAGGUUUUACCAUUAGUAAAAUACAAUUUCCAGUACAUUUAAUACUUGUAAAGUUAGUGGCAUUUUACACAUGGUUAGAUUGUAAUAUGAAUUGGAGACUAAAUAAAAAAAAAUAUUUGAAAAAUUA